AUGUCUUUCGACCGCUUAUCGUCACUGGAGUCGCAACCGACGACAACUCGGCGACAGGAUGAUCCCACCUAUAGGGAUGACCCAGAGUUUCAGCGCUUUACCGAGUCGCUAUCAACAAAACUAUUCGAGCUGAUCUCCAACGUAACUCGUCUAUCGAACCAGAUUGCCCUCCUUGGAACAAAACGAGAUACACAGCGAGUGCGCGAGCGAGUCCAUGAUCUGCUAGAAGAGAGCAGAGAUGGCUUCAAAGAGGUGGGCGAGGGCAUCAAGAAGGCGCAAGCAUGGGAUGACCUCAACCCAUCUCAAAAGUAUACCAAUCAAAAGCUAUCGCGCGAAUUCGCUUCAGCCCUGUCAGAGUUCCAGGUUGUACAGCGAAGGGCCAUCGAGAAGGAGAGAGCGAACAAAGCAGCCCUCGAAGAGUCAAAUGCCGCACAGUCGCCUACUGGUGAGCGACAACAACAGCAGCAACUACUCGAAGAGCCACAGGUCGCCAACCAAAGCGAAGUCGAUUUCCAGGAGAAUCUCAUCAUUGAGCGCGAGGGAGAGAUCCGCCAAAUAGAGCAGUCCGUCGGCGAGCUCAACGAAUUGUUCCGAGAUGUUGCUCAUAUUGUGCGCGAGCAAGGCGACAUGAUUGACACCAUCGAUGUGAAUGUCGAAAACACCCUGACCGAUACACGAGGCGCCGAUGUCGAGCUGAGGAGCGCCAGUCGAUACCAGAAGGCUGCCCGCAACAAAGCAUGCUGUUUGCUGUUCAUCUUGGCAAUUGUUCUGGUCAUCAUUGUAUUGGCUGUCGUACUGAGCUGA